AUGGCAGAGAAUACCAUGAAGGUUGAUAUCAUUGGAAGAGAAAUCAUAAAACCAUCUUCUCCAACUCCUUCUCACCUUAAAACCUUUAAGCUCUCUUUUCUCGAUCAAAUUGUCCCUGCAGUUUACACCUCUUUGGUUCUUUUCUACCCUAAUAUUAAUGUCCUCACGCCCGACCAAACAUCCAACCACCUUAAGAAAUCUCUGUCUGAAGCCUUAACUCUUUUCUACCCGCUUGCCGGGAGAGUCAAGGACAACACCGUCAUCGAAUGCCACGACGACGGAGCUCAGUAUGUCGAAGCGAAAUUCAAUUGCCUCCUCUCCAUCUUUCUAGAUCAGCAACACAAAGACGAGGCACUCAUAAGGCGCUUCCUUCCUGCCGCGAUGGAAUCGCCAGAAGCAGGCACAUGGCCAUUAUUAAUUGUUCAAGCCACUUUCUUCGACUGCGGAGGAGUGGCAGUAGGCGUGUGUGUGUCGCAUAAGUUGGCCGACGCAGCCACGCUGAGCGUAUUCUUGAAGACGUGGGCUAACACUGCAGUUCCGGAUUUUGAAGCGGCUUCCUACUACCUUCCCAGAGAUACCUUCUCGUUCGCGCCUCCUGCUGCGCUGGAGCUGAAAAGGGUGGAAGGCGUUUCGAAGAGAUGCGUGUUUGAUAAAUCAACGAUCGCGGCUCUAAAGGCCAAGUUAGUGAGUGACAGCGUCAAACAACCUACUAAGGUUGAAGUAGUGACAGCCCUCCUUUGGAGAUGCCUCAUGGCAGCUUCAUCAUCCGCCCAGGUGACGCCAAGGUAUUCUCUCGUGACACAAAGUGUGGACAUGCGCAAAAGAGUUGAGCCGCCAUUUUCGCAGAACUCCGCGGGAAACCUCGUGAGUUACUUUGCAUUGCAGGUAGAGAAUAACAUUUACGAGGGUAGUACUGAGCCAUUGGAGUGUCAGCUGCAGGGUUUGGUGGCUAAACUGAGGCAAGGAAUUAAAGACUUCACCGAAAGGAAAGCGAAGAG